AUGGCAACCAUCCAAGAUGACGACGAGCUCCUCCUAGCCCGAAUCGGCUAUAAACAAGAGCUACGACGAGAAUUCUCCAAAUGGUCGACGGUUUCAUAUGCCAUCUCCAUUCUUGGUGUCCUGGGCUCCGUGCCAGCGACCUUCGGCUCCCCGUUAGCAGCAGGUGGUCCUGCAACAGCCGUAUGGUGCUGGCUGAUCGGCUCUUGCAUGGCCAUGUGUAUUGGCAGUUCGGUCGCAGAAUUAGUUUCAGCCUAUCCGACUGCGGGCGGCAUGUAUUUUGUCACAAAACAUGUCGUGCCUCCUGAUCAGGUUCCGGUUUUCGCCUGGAUUCAAGGCUGGUGCAACCUACUAGGCCAGACAGCGGGCGUGUCAAGUGUAGCAUACACGGUCAGUCAGAUGCUGUUGGCCUGUGUGAGUAUGAACUCGGAUCUUGUCGAUGGAAAGUACUCGUAUUUUCCGACUGCACUGGAAACUGUUCUAGUAUCUGUUGGAAUGCUGUGCAUCCUCGGCGUUAUUUGCUCAUUGACAACAAAAGCUUUACAUCGGAUCAUUCUCUGGUUUGCGCCGAUCAACAAUGAAGUCGGCGCCACUUUCGCCAUUUGUAUUGCGCUUUUAUACCUCACCCCUGAUAAACAGCCAGCUUCGUGGGUGUUUACGCACUUCACUGAUGGCUCUGGGUGGAACUCGAAACUGUUUUCGUUCUUCUUGGGAUUCCUUUCUGUCGCAUGGACUAUGACAGACUACGACGGAACGACGCACAUGUCGGAAGAAACCCACGAUGCAGCUGUGCGAGGACCUGUUGCCAUCAAGACAGCCGUCCUUGUCUCCGGGAUCUUCGGCUGGCUUUUGACCGUCUGCAUGUGCUUCUGCCUAAACGAUUUCGAUGAUAUACUCAAUUCCCCGACUGGUCUUCCAGCUGCACAGAUCUUUAUCAAUGCCGGCGGUAGACGAGGUGGGACUGUAAUGUGGUCCUUUGCGAUCCUUGUCCAGUUCUUCACCGGCUGCUCAGCUAUGUUAGCCGAUACUCGGAUGGCCUACGCGUUCGCAAGAGAUAAUGCGCUGCCCUUCUCCGACUUUCUGUCAAGGGUAAACCGUUAUACUCACACGCCCGUCAACGCUGUUUGGUUCGUCGUUUUCUUCAGUAUCGGCCUGAACUGUAUUGCCAUUGGAUCAACAGAAACCGCAACUGCUAUAUUCAGUGUCACUGCCCCGGCAUUGGACUUAUCUUAUGUGUCUGUGAUCCUUGCACAUCAACUCUACAAGAACAAGGUCAAGUUUAUCGAGGGACCCUUCACGCUCGGUAGGUGGGGCGCUCCUAUCAACUACGUUGCUGUGACUUGGGUUCUGUUUAUCAGUACCAUUCUCUUCUUCCCAUCACAGCUACCUAUCACAGCGGCAAAUAUGAACUACGCCAUAUGUGUUGCAGCUUUUAUUGCCAUUUUCGCAUUGGUCUGGUGGUGGGUUUCCGCCAGAAGAAAAUAUACCGGCCCUCAGACAAAUGAUAACAUUCACGAAAUUCCUAACGGUGAAAACGAACAUGAAUAUGAGGAAUCCGAAGAGGGAAAUGUUGACAUGGAUUCCACGGCAUGGGAUACAUAG